UACUUCUACACUUCUUCGUCUUCUUCUUCCUUAAGCUCUCUCUUCUUCUUCAAUCUCUCUCUCUCUCUUUCUCUGUUACGGCGAUUUCACAAUGGUUGAUGCUAAGCAAGUUCGUUUCAUCAUCGGAGUCAUCGGAAAUGUUAUCUCCUUUGGUCUCUUUGCCGCACCAGCGAAGACGUUUUGGAGGAUCUUCAAAAAGAAAUCAGUGGAGGAGUUUUCUUAUGUGCCAUACGUAGCUACGAUCAUGAACUGUAUGCUGUGGGUGUUCUACGGUCUCCCUGUGGUUCACAAGGACAGUAUCCUUGUUUCCACCAUUAACGGUGUUGGGUUAGUCAUUGAGAUUUUCUACGUGGCUUUGUACUUGGCCUACUGUGGUCACAAGAAGAACGCUCGAAGGAACAUUUUGGGAUUCUUAAUUCUUGAAGUUGUUGCUGUUGCGAUUAUAGUUCUGGUCACGCUCUUUGCAAUCAAGAAUGAUUUUGCUAAGCAAACGUUCGUUGGUGUGAUUUGUGAUAUCUUCAACAUUGCUAUGUACGCAUCUCCUUCAUUGGCCAUUUUUAAAGUGGUGAGAACCAAGAGUACUGAAUACAUGCCAUUCUUGUUGUCUUUGGUCUGUUUCGUUAAUGCUGCAAUUUGGACUUCUUACUCUCUCAUCUUCAAAAUCGAUAUCUACGUCCUUGCGAGUAAUGGGAUUGGAACGUUGUUGGCACUGUCGCAGUUGAUAGUGUAUUUCAUGUACUACAAAUCAACACCAAAGGAUAAGACGGUGAAGCCAUCUGAAGUUGAGAUUUCUGGGACGGACAGAGUUUGAAGAAUUUGUUUUGCUUUCUUUUUGGAUUUUUGUCUCUUUACGUACAUUUUACAUACACACACAAAUUGUGUUUUGUGUAUGUGUAGGCAUUUUCUUGGGGUUUUGUCUUGGUAGAAUUCUUUAAUAAUAGACUUUCCAAUUGUUUUAGUUU